GACGUAGAUCCGCCGAAUCCGACGCGUCCGGUCUGUGCACCCGACGGGAUGGCGUGGUUGGACUUGCAACCACCAUCUCGAUGGCAGGAGAACUUUGGGGACAAGACGCUUCCUGAGAGGCAAUACAAAGUGGUGGUGAGCUUGCUCUCCGGCGAGGAGCUCUGCCGGUUCGACUACUGCGAUGCGGCGGGGUUCUUCCGUUUGCACCGCGUGUGGAGCCUGGGCGAUUUGGAGGAGACGGCGCUGCGGGUGGCGCGCGUGGACCUGCGGGAGUACAAGCUGGUCACGGAAGAUGGGAGGGAGGUGCUUCCCCACGUGCACCUCCGCCCCUCCGGCCCUCCACGCGGCACGAGUGGCCGUACGGCGAUCACGGUGCGCUUGGCCGCGGUGCGGCGGAGCGUGGAACAAGUGGAGUGGAUGAAGGCUCUGAGAGAACGGACCAAGGAGUGGCAGACCCAGCAGCAUUUCAUCAGUGCAGAGCGGAUUGCUGAGAGGAUGGCGCUCCACCACGCGGAACUUCAAGACUUGCCCCAGGAGGCCUGGGAGGACCGCGAGGUGCUGCUGAUGGCGCUGGCCCACCCGCGGGUGCACGGCGGAGCGCAGCUCGCGCGGCGCCUGGUGAAGAGCCAGUCGCCCCUGCUGCACGACCGGGAGGUGGUCAUGCAAUUGGCCAAGUGUGCCAUGCAUGUGAUGCAACAUCUACCGGAGGAGUUCAAGAGUGAUGAAGAAGUGGUCCUGUGCUACAUCUCCCGGAAUCCCGGCGCCGUGCGCCAUGCGGCGCCGGCCUUGCGCGCGAGCGCGGCCUUCUGGAAAAAGGCCGUGAUAUGCAACGAGCAGACCAUCCAGUUUGCUGGACCAGAGGUGCUGCAGAAUCGGGAGCUCCUCCUCGAGGUGCUUCCUGUGCGGGCCUCCGCAUUGCAAUUUCUGUCGGAGGAGAUGAAGGCAGACAAGGAGUUGGUGCUGUGCGCCGUGCGACGCCAAGGCAGGGCCUUGGGAUUCGCGGCCGUGGUGCUGCGCAGGGACCGCGAGGUGGUCUUGGCGGCGGUGCAGCAGAGUGGACAGGCACUGCCCUUCGCGGAUGAAACGCUCCAGACGGACACUGAGGUGGUCCUAGCAGCGCUGCCAGAGGCUCCAAAGGAGAUACUUCUCAAGGCGGUUGGGGAGAAUCCGGAGCUCUUCCAGCAGCUUCCCGAGGUGAGUUCCAGCGGGGAACGCUGCCAAGCGGAACUCGCGGUUGAUGCCCGGUCAGCCAGAGCUCGCCAGCCGGCACACUGCCAUCCGGAGCUGGCGGUUGAGGUCCGGCGUGGAACGCUGACAUCCUGCACUUGCGGUGGCGUUCCGGCGGGCAACACUGCCAUCCGGAGCUGGCGGUUGGGGACGAGGCCUUGCAGAAGGACGAGGAACUGCGCGCGACGCACGGCCAAUGCCAAACGGCGCGCUCGGCAUGGGAGGGCUCGGCGGCGACCGAGAAAGAACCGUUUCUCCCUUUCUCCGGGGAAGACCGGGAAGAGGGAGGAUGGUUGAACUGGUCCAUUUGGUCUGUUCCCAUGGUCUCCUGAUGUCUCAAGACUGGACAGUUUUACAACAUAAUAAAGAUCGUAAUUAGGUUGCUUAAUCAAGAUGGGUCAUGUGUGAUCGUGACUUGACAUAGCCACAAAUACAAUUGUUCAA